CCCCCGUGCGCCCUGCCCCGGGAGCCGGCGGCGGCGCGCCCGGCGCUGUCCCCGUCCCCAUCCCCGUCCCCGUCCCCGUGCCCGUGCCCGUGCCCGUCCCUGCCCCGCAGCUCCCGCACCGGCCAUGCCGGGGCCGCGCCGGGACCGCCCGGCCGUGCUGCUGCUGCUCGGGGCUCUGCUGGCCGCCGACCUCUACUUCCACCUCUGGCCGCGGGCGCGGCGGGAGCUGCAGGGGCAGAGGGUUCCGUCCCCGUGGGGCUGCCCCUGCCGCCGCCGUCCCCCCUCCGCCGGGACCCCCGACCCGCGCCCGCCGCCCCGCGCCCGCGCCGCCCCCGCGCUGCGCCGCCUCUUCGCCCACCCGCUGUACCGCACCGCCCCGCCGGGCCCCGCCGAGCCGCUGCUGGGCGCCCGCGAAGCCCUGCGCUACUACCGGCGGAAGGCGGCUCGCUGGAACAGGAGACACAAGCUCUACAGGGAGGAGCUCAACCUGACCUCCCCGGCAGCGCCGGUGCCGCUCCGGCCAGAAGCCAGCUGGCUGCAGUUCCACCUGGGCAUCAGCAGGGACGGGCUCUACCCACGCUCCAGCCCCGUUGUUAACAGGCUCCUCCGGGACAUGCAGGAGUUCCCCACCAUCAGUGCCGAUUACAGCCAGGAUGAGAAGGCACUGCUGGGAACCUGUGACUGCAGCCAGAUCGUGAAGCCCAGUGGUGUCCACCUGAAGCUGGUCCUCAGAUUCCAGGAUUUUGGGAAAGCCAUGUUCAAGCCCAUGAGGCAGAAACGCGAGGAAGAGACUCCCGAGGACUUUUUCUACUUCGUUGACUUCCAGCGGCACAACGCGGAGAUCGCCGCCUUCCACCUGGACAGGAUCCUGGAUUUCCGGAGGGUGCCGCCCACGGUUGGGAGGUGGAUCAACGUCACCAAGGAGAUCCUGGAGGUCACCAAGAACGAGGUCCUGCAGAGCGUGUUCUUCGUCUCACCAGCCAGCAACGUCUGCUUCUUUGCCAAGUGCCCCUACAUGUGCAAGACGGAGUACGCGGUGUGUGGGAACCCUCACCUCCUGGAAGGGUCCCUCUCUGCCUUCCUGCCCUCCCUCAACCUGGCACCACGGCUCUCCAUCCCCAACCCCUGGAUCCGGUCCUACUCGUUUGAUGGAAAAGAGGAGUGGGAAGUGAAUCCUCUCUACUGCAACACAGUGAGGGAGAUCUACCCCUACAGCAACGGCAACCGGCUGCUCAACAUCGUGGACAUGGCCAUCUUUGACUUCCUGACAGGGAACAUGGACCGUCACCACUACGAAAUGUUCACCAAGUUUGGGGACGAUGGAUUCCUCUUGCACCUGGACAAUGCCAGAGGGUUUGGGCGGCAUUCCCACGAUGAAACCUCCAUCCUGGCUCCGCUGUCCCAGUGUUGCAUAAUAAAGAGGACGACGUUACUGCGGCUCCAGCUCUUGGCCGAGCCCAAGUAUCGGCUCAGUGAUGUGAUGAGGGAAUCCCUCCUGCAGGACCCCCUGGCCCCCAUCCUCACCGAGCCCCAUCUCCUGGCCUUGGACAGACGGCUGCAGCUCAUCCUGGAAGCUGUGAGGAAGUGCAUAGACACCUAUGGAGAAGCCACUGUGGUGGCCAACGACACCACUCAGCCCCAGGCUCCUGCGUCAGACAGAGCGAAGCUGGACACUUAAACAGCCCUGAACUCGUGCUCAGAGGUAGGGAAAACCCCUGCAAGGCAAGUGGCAGGUUUAACAGCUGGUGAUUUCCACCUGCAAACACUUGCAGAGACUGGGAGGGGAAACUCUUCAGAAGAUCCUCAAGAAUCGCACUGGGCUUCUGUGCUGGUGCUCAACCAGAGCUGCUCUGCUUGGCCAGGGUGUUGGUGUGACUGCAGCAGAUCUUUGCACCCCAAACACCAGCUCUGUGGUGGAAAAGCAGUGAUCUGCUGUUCUGGAGUUGGUCCUGCCCUUGGGAGGGUGGGGGAACACAUGGCCUUGGUUUGCUCAGCCUGCACGGGGAUGCCGGUCCUGGUGAAGGACACAAAUAGAUCCAAGGCUGGGGGUUGAAUAAAGAGAUGCCAGGAGCAUUUUCCUCUUAUUUGUUCUGUAAUCAAGACUGUAUGUGAGAAAAGAGCAAUAUUAUUUCACAAAGGCAAUAUUAUUUCACAAAGCCACUGAGACAAGACAACACUCAGCUUGGUCAGACCAAGGAGCACUUGCACUUACCCACCAUCAGCUCUGUGCUGCCUCUUGGUCUCUUCAUCGGUGAUCAACCCACUCCACCUCCAUCUGUGCCUGCCACACAAAGCCCAUUGCCUCACACAGCAGUAAAACCACUUUUUACCUGUCUUGUGAGUGGAAGAGCCAGUCUGGACUACAAAAGAGAGGCAGGUGUGUGCUGCCUUUGACCCCAAGGGAAAAAAAAACCAACCAAAAACAACCCCAAAAAUCAAACUGCUCUGAGACACACGACUGUAUUUACAAUUCAGGAACCCAGCCAUUCCUGGUGAAAACAUUCUGCCAAAGGGGGGGGGAAAUCUAUCUCAACUCAUCUCCCUUUAAAUCAUUUAAAUAAUAACUUUAAAAUCAUUUAAGUUGUCAUAAUUCCCUGGAAAAUAGAAACUGUGUCCUGCCCCCCCCCAUGCAUUUUGAGGAGAUGCAGUAGAAACUGGAGACCAAAAAAGUGUGAAGGGUUAUCGUAGGUAUUUCAGUUUCCAGCUUUUCCACAGUCUCAAUCAGAAUUCUUGACACUGGGGACUUACAGACCUUUCCACUCCUGUGGACAGAUGAAAAUAAGAGGAUUUAACUCCCUCUCAGCAUGUUCAGUGUGUUGUUUUUUUCAGUACAGCACAAUGAAUUCCCAAAGUUUUAUCUCCCUCUACCGGUGACUUUUUGUGCUCUCACCACACAGGACGAGCCCAAUAUUAACUCAGUUGUUGUCAAGGGAUGGUGACUUGGCUGCUCCAACAGGAAAAACGUGGCAACAGAAGAUAAGCUGAAAAGUAACAUUAUAGUUAUAUAGUGUAUAGUUAUAAGGCUGGAAGUGGAGGUUUUCAAGUUUCACUUUAGGUGAUAAAUGUUCUGCUUUCAGCCUGGGUUUUUUAGGUAAUAAAAAUCCUGGUUUCAGCCUGGUUUUUCUUCAGUCAAGGGGAUGUGGAAAGAGAGGGCAGGGUGAAGGAAGCAAACCCAUGGAUAUUUGAAUGGCUGCUACACUAACAGGAUUGCAAGGUUGCUUUCUUCUCAUUUUCACUCUCUUUUACAUUAUAGAUACAUUUUUAAUGUAUCUCCAAACUCAGGUGAUCCAGUCAGGAUCCAGCUUUCUCAGAGCUGGAUGUAAAACACAUCCAGUCUGAGCUGCUUCAGGUCACCACUCUUCAAAUGUUUCCCUACUUCAUCACGGCUGAAAAUCCCCCUCUUCCCCUUCCCACUGUCUGCCCACCAGAACUCGGCCAUGAUUAAUCACCACGUGCUCCAAACCUUCAUUAAGGGUUUCCAGAGAUGGGAGUGGCCAACUUAGGGCAGCUUCUGAGCUCCAGUAAUCGUGUCUGGGCUGGGAAUCACCAACGGGAAGAGCUCAAAGCAGCACAAGUGGCUGAGACACUCAAAAUGAGACACAGGGGCCUUCUCACUGCAAACAUCAGUCAUGCCAGAGCUCCAGAGGAAUUCCCAGGCUGGCACAUGGAGACCAAGCUCUCCACAGGCUCCGAGGGGAAGGUUCAGGACCUGGACUCAACCCUGUGGAGUUAACACCAAACUAAUCCAUUAAGCUGCUUAGUUUCUACUGCCUCAUUCAUGACACAUCCUCUAAAGCCAAAGGAAAACACAGUGCAGGGAUGGGAAGAAAAUAAAAGAGGCUGAUUGCAUUUAAGAAUUUAAAUCAUUUUAUUGCUUUACCUGCCAUUAGGACAAUCUAUAACAAAAGGAAUAUAAUAUAAUAUAUUAGCACAUACAGUAAAUCAGACUUAUAGAGUCAGGUAACAAUACAAAAAUGGUCCUCUGGUUGACUAUAGCUUCCUAGGGCAAUAGACUUCAUCAAUUUGCUGAAGAUAGACUAGCAAAAAAUUACUUCUAAAGCCCUGAAUGUUAGCUAAGGCAAAACUAUGCCAAUUGUGGUUUCCAACAUAUUGAAAUUGCACACAAAGGUAAAGCUAUAACUGUGUUUAAUAUUUAACUCAGACUUAGCUGAUUUAUCUUAAAAUCUUGUAGGUAAAACUACAAAAGGGAGUAAACAGCAAGCUAAAAAGAUGCAGUAGUGAAACUUGAUUAGAAAGCCUUAUAUAAAAAAAAUGUGCAUUUUUUUUUUCUGUGGAGCUCUAACUGGUUUACACAGUUUUUGGUGCUUUAAUGUAACACAAAGAACACAUAUGAAGAAAAAUCCUGCAGAGAGUCAAAACUAAAGAAAAAAAUUUUUACCAAAAACAAAGAAAACAAAGAACCAAAAAAAGGUAGCUUUUGCUUAUUCCUUAAGGACUCUGGCAGAAAUCCUCUACUCAACAUCUCCUGAAUAGAGAACUCAAAACCACAAGCAUUUCAAUCCCCCUCCUGGGAUUUCAGGUUCAGAAAUGCUCUGAAACCUUUUGUAAAGGCUUGAUACCUUCAGUAUUAUUCUGCAUCAACGAGCAGACUCUUCCUGAUUCUCUACAUGCCUGGGAGAACGUUGGAUUUGAAUCCCUAUCACCUCAGAAAGGAAAUAAAACGAGGGCUCCAUCGUUAGAGUAGUUGCACAACAAAUGCCAAACUGCUUGCUGUCACUCCCAAAUACAAACCUAUGCUACUUUAUAUAAAUUACAGUUUAAAGGAAACCUUAAAAAUUGCCUACAGUUAUUGAACCGUGGAAUUCAGUAAAAACUUUUGGGAAGUCUUGGUGCACACAGAGUAAUGGAACACGAAGCUGGGAAAUACUGAAAUACAUUUAAGACUCUGCAACAGAUUGAACUUGGGGAAAGAAAAAAGAAAAAAAAAAAAAGGGAGUAUGAAACACAUGCGGUAGAAAUUCCAUAAACAAGAAAAGAAAUCCAAAGACCUCUUGGAGUCAAACUAGGUUUAUAAUGAACCAUUUAAAAAAAAAAAAAGAUGAAUUGACAGGUUUAAAAACUUAAAACAACGGAGUGUUGCAGGAAAGUUAAAACAUUCAGUUUUUCUGCCUCACAUUCUCUACCAAGAAUGAUGGAUCUCUACAGACCAGCCACCUGCAACUGAUGCUGGUCAGAAAUACUCAGCAUUUAUUUUCCCUGGUAACAAAGGGUCACCUGAACUGAUGAUGAUUAUUUUUAAAGUCAACUGAGGAUUAACAAAACAAGUCACAGGGAAAAUCAAAUGUUUGCUUUCAACUUCUACACCAAUCUAAGCACUCAAAACAUUACUAACAGCUGGACAGCUGCACAUUCUUACACCAAUCUAUGAACUAGAGACCAGUCAGGCAUUGAAUGUAACAUUUGGUUCUUGCCACUUGGAACAGGAAGAGUUUAAAAUGGCAAAUCUAUGGCUGAAGGAACAAGAAGAGAAAAAGAUCAGGUGCAGCAAGUCAGCAAAUGAAUUAACAACUGCAGUAGUUCACCAGAACUAUUAACCUUGAAAGCCUUUGAUUUACACUUGACAAAAACAGAACUAAGCAAUCUUAAACCAGUGGACACAAGUACAAUUCUACUGGUAAAUUCCAACUGUGGCUUUCUUAGCAGCUGAUGCCUCACGAUUGAACCCAGGAUUACAGUACCCAGAAAAUGAAAAACAAAACAGAAAAAAAAAAAAAAAAAGAAACCCAGAAAACCCCAAGCCCCAAGAAGCUCAAUUACAAGGGCAAGUUCUCAU